AGUCAAAUUUGAAAUUUUAGUUUUUUAUACUCAUACGCCAAGAGAUAAAAGUUUAUAAAAGAUUUUUUCUCGUCACUUGUUGUUCAUAAUAUGUUUUUUACUUUUUAAUUUGUAUAUAGUAAAAUUUUUUUAUAUAUAUUAAAUGAAAUGGUUAACGAAACUUCCGGAGAAAAUUUAUUAGAAUUUUCGAAAAUGUUGGACGAAACUUUUGGACCUACUGAAUAUAAUACAGAAGAAAUUUUACCGUCAAAAGUUGAUCCGAGCAGAGAGAAAAGUACACAAGCUUUAACUCUUGGUCCCUCGCCUACUAUGUCGGAAACUGAAAUAGAACCCCGGCCUGAACAAAAAAAAGUUAAAAUAAACGUUUCUCUACCUCAGGAACAUUCUGUUAAAGAACAUAAUAGAGAAACCUCAUCAGAUUCUAUAACAACUAAAGAUUCGCAUAUUUUUGAUGUUACUAAAGACAUUUCUAUUAAUUCAAAAGAAGAUACAACAGAGGCACCAUUAAGAAAUCCAGGUUUUAUUGAAAUGAGGCUAAAGAGAAAAUCAAUUAUGGGUUUAGAGGAAGACGACUCGGAUUGCUUAACAAAUUCUCAACCUGUCACUGAAGAACUUCACAUUGAAACGGACAAUCCAUCUCAUUUGUUUUGGGUACCCGCACAUUUGCAUCCAGAAAUAGCGCCAAAUGAAUUUAGAAAGUGGUUAAAAAAUCAUGCAAAAGAUGGGUUUAAUUCUGGAAUAGGGUCGUUAAGAAGGCGGAAAUCAACUCUUUCUAAACAAUAUAUUCCUUCAGAUGUUGAAGAUGAUGAAGAAGAAACAACAGAUAAAAAAGUGGAACCUGAGAAAAAAUGGACCGGUUUUGAUUGGGAGUCAUACAUUGGAUCAGAUGGAAAUAUUAAUCCAACUUCAGAAUCAACAAAAUUAAAUAUAUUACGAAGGAGUCUAAGUUUGAAUCUUCCGCCGUUUAUGGAAUGUCUCCAGCACUUAAGCGUGCCGCACGCACAAAAAUUCGCAGAAAUUCUGUUGCUGGAGAGCAAAAUCCUAGAAGAUUUUCUGCACAUAGAAGAACAAGAUCUACUCAUGUAUCAUCUGAUAAAGAAAAACAAUCCGAAAAUAAUAUAG